UCUCUCUCUCUACCAAUUCAUCUGAAUUCUGUGAAAUUUCUCUCCAUAACUCCAUUUUGUUAUUCUCAUAAAAGCUUCUCCAUUAUCCAUACUUGAUAUUCGUUCUCAGCACUGCAGGCGUUUUUCUCUGCAGUUAUUUCGAAUUUGCAUGAUGAUGAUUCUCUAGAAUUCCUUGUAUGUUUCAUUUCAUCUCCAGAAUUAUCGACCUUUGGAGUUGAUUUUCGAGGCUUUUUCUUCAUGGGUUCGGCUUCGAUUGGGUAUCAAUUCGGAUUAAGAGCUCGAUUUGACGGGAACUUUAAUCUGGGGUCGGAUAUUACUGUCUCCUCGCUUCCAUGUAAAGUUGAUAUCUCCAGAAAGAGCUUCUUCUCAGCUGCAAGCUCCACUCACAAGCAACUUUCAAAUCGAGCUCGGGUAUGUUCUUUGCCAAAUACUGAUGAGUACUGCGAUGAGAAACUUGAGACGCCGAUACUAGACUGCAUUGAAACUCCAUCGCAGUUAAAGAAUUUGAGUGUUAAGGAGUUGAAGCAAUUAGCUGAGGAAAUCCGGACAGAGCUUAAUCCUGUACUAUGGAAGACACAAAAGUCUGUCAAACCUAGCUUGGCUGCAAUAGAGCUUACCCUUGCUCUGCAUUAUGUUUUUCGUGCCCCAGUUGACAAGAUACUGUGGGACGCUGUGGAACAAACAUAUGCACACAAAGUAUUGACAAAACGUUGGUCUACAAUACCAUCGAGGCAAAAGAAUGGUAUGUCUUGGGUCACUUCUCGAUUGGAGAGUGAAUAUGAUUCUUUUGGGACUGGGCAUGGCUGCAACAGCAUUUCUGCUGGGCUCGGAUUAGCAGUUUCUCGGGAUAUGAAAGGAAAGAGCGACCGAGUUGUUGCUGUGAUAGACAGCGUGACAGUAACUGCAGGUCAAGCAUAUGAGGCAAUGAGCAAUGCUGGUUACUUGGAUUCUGAUAUGAUUGUUAUACUAAAUGAUAACCGUCACUCUUUGCAUCCAAAUACGGCGGAGGGAUCCAAGGCAUCCAUCAGUGCACUAUCCAGCAUCAUGAGCAAAAUCCAGUCUAGCAAAGUUUUUCGGAAAUUUAGAGAACUAGCCAAAGCUAUGACGAAGAGAAUCGGAAAGGGCAUGUAUGAAUGGGCAGCUAAAAUCGAUGAGUAUGCACGUGGUAUGGUAGGACCAACAGGAUCAACUCUCUUUGAAGAACUUGGACUGUACUACAUUGGUCCUGUUGAUGGACACAACAUUGAAGAUCUAGUCUGUGUUCUCCGAGAAGUAGCUUCUCUAGAUUCGAUGGGUCCUGUGUUGGUCCAUGUGAUCACAGAGGAAAAACGAGAUGCAGAAAUCGCAAAGAGCAUCGUGGUCAAAGACAGACGCACUUACAGUGAUUGCUUUGUUGAGGCUUUGGUGAUGGAAGCAGAAAAGGAUAGAGAUAUUGUUGUAGUCCAUGCAGGAAUGGAGAUGGAUCCAUCACUUCUUACGUUUCAGGAGAGAUUUCCAGACAGGUUUUUCAAUGUCGGAAUGGCUGAACAGCACGCUGUCACGUUCUCUUCUGGUCUUUCUUCUGGUGGUCUCAAGCCCUUUUGCAUUAUUCCCUCUGCAUUUCUACAAAGAGCGUAUGACCAGAUCGGAAGAGGAAGAGUGGUUGUAGAGGGUCAAGACGUGGCUUUGCUCGGGUAUGGAGCCAUGGUUCAGAAUUGUCUUAAUGCUCACUCGCUUCUCACGAAACUCGGUUUGAACGUGACCGUAGCUGAUGCAAGGUUUUGCAAACCCCUGGACAUAAAGCUUGUGCGUGAUCUUUGUAAAAGCCACAAGUUCCUCAUCACUGUCGAAGAAGGCUGCGUCGGAGGGUUUGGUUCUCAUGUGGCGCAGUUCAUAGCCCUCGAUGGCCUGCUCGACGGGAAAAUCAAGUGGAGGCCGAUUGUGUUGCCGGAUGGCUACAUCGAAGGAGCUUCGCCUAGCGAGCAGCUUGCUCUUGCAGGGCUAACGGGACAUCACAUAGCAGCAACCGCUCUGAGUCUUUUGGGUCGAACUCGUGAAGCAUUACUUCUCAUGAGCUAGCUUAAGCUUCCUUUUCAUGUACAAGAAGAUAACGACUUUUUUUUUUAACUCGUGAAUAUGAUGAUCAGUGUAAUUAUUAACUUUCUUAAGCGAAAACUGUAGAUAAUUUCUGUAAGUUGUAUAACUGUAGAGGUGAAAAUUGAAGUGAAAGAAAAAAAAAUUCAAUUAUGCAGUAAACUUUAAAGUAGG